UUCCUACAAUAUAUACAUACGCGUGUGCACAUAAACGUGUGUGUGUGUGUCUAUAUAAAUAUAUACUUGCAGUCCUUCAAGACAACACAGAGAAAAUAAAAAAAGAAUAGAGCUGCUUAUAGUAGUAGUCUUUUUCUUCAAUUUUAGAGAAAGAAGAGAGUAGGGUUUUGUUUGUUAUCUUAUUUGAACAAAUUUAUUUUAAUUCAGACAAAACAAGAAGCAAAUGGGGGUUUCAGGCACUAUGGAGUUCUUGUCUGAUCUGCUUAGCAGUGCUAAAAAGGGCAAGAAAAAGAAGCAGAUGAACACUGUGGAUCUCAAAGUCAGAAUGGAUUGCGAAGGGUGUGCUCGUAAAGUCAAGAAGACACUCUAUGAAGUAAAAGGGGCAAAAUCUGUGGAGAUCGACUUGAAGAACCAGAAGGCAUCAGUAACUGGUUUUGUUGAUCCAAAGAAGGUGUUGAAGAAGGCUAAAGCAACUGGCAAAAAAUCUGAGCCAUGGCCAUAUGUACCAUACACGAUGAUAGCUCACCCUUAUGUUGCUGGAGUUUAUGACAAAAAGGCACCUCCAAAUUAUGUUAGAGGCACUAAUGAUCCAGCAGUUGCCACUCUUAAUCCAGUUGAAGAACAAUAUACACUUAUGUUUAGUGAUGAUAAUCCAAAUGCAUGCUCUAUUAUGUAAUAGAGAUUAAGCCAGGUAUUAAUGACCUUAAUCUUCCUUUUUUUUGGUUAA